CGUCAUUAUCGUGCGCGGCGUCUGCACCUCUCCCCGUGAAAAUCUGCGAACGUCACUCAUCCCCUGUGGUCGUAAAGUGCGUCAGUAGCCGUGACAUAUUAUUGUAGUAAUCUGUGCACCAGCGCUCUGCUCGUGUCCAUCCUACCAUGUCAAACCUUUGCUCUUUGCUGUCUUCCACUUACCAACGUGCCUUAAGUGAAAAUGAAUCCCAAGCGGACCCUGAAAAUGAGCCAUAUCGUUCCAAGUAUCGGGCCCGUGAACUUCUGCAGGAAGUGAGAGCUCUGCUGGGUUCUGAGGAGGAACUGGAUACCAGAGAGGACGUGUUAUUACAAGUGCGCCGUGCUGUCGUAGAGUUCCGCUUGGGCCUUAACCACACUGAGACUGAAGAGCUGUCAGCUGGGGAGGAGCACCUUGUGAGGAGCUCAAGAAUUCUAGAGCGAUACCGGGACACCCAGGAGGCGGUGACUGUUUACAUGAAGGCCCAGAACAGUCUCGGUAUUCUCUGGGCUGACAGAGGGGAAAUCCGAGUAGCGCAAGUUUACCUGGAGUCUGCAGAGUCGCUGUAUUAUAAGUACAUGAAGGAGAUCGGAAAACCUCCUAUGGAUCCUGAUGAGCAUUUUGCACCUGAAGAUCAGCAGCUUCCGGAGCAAGAGCGGGCAAAGAGGUUUGAGCGGGUGUACACACAUACACUGUACUAUCUAGCGCAAGUCUACAAACACCUGAAGCAGGACGAGAAGGCAGCGCAGUACUGUCACACAACGCUCCAGCGACAACUGGAAUACGAUGCCUAUAACCCAAUGGAGUGGGCGAUCAAUGCUGCUACAUUAUCGCAAUAUUAUCUGACAAAGCAACUUUACAUGGAGGCCAGGCAUUGCCUUGCAGCGGCCAGUGUCAUAUUCAGCAAAGCCGGACAAAUUCCAUCUGCUGAAGCCGCAAGAGAGAAUGAAGCAGAAUUAGAACGUUUUGACACCCUCGGACAAAAGAAGGCAGAAAUCGCCCGAUGUUGGGUGAAAUACUGCUUCAAUUUAAUGCAGGACGCACGCAAGAAGCUGGAGGUAACGCACCUUGGGGAUAAUAUAGGAGAACUUGAUGUAGAUAUUCAGGAUGAACUUAAGGCUCAAAGAAAAAAGGCAGAAGAUGAAACUGAGAAGGGGCGUAAGAAGACAGUCCUGUUUGGGUCGAGCGAUCUAUAUGACUCCAUAUUAACAGUGGAAGAAAAGGUUACCUGUUCAUAUCCACUUGAUUUCAAAGAGGCCCGGGAAGUAUUUCUGAUUGGUCAGAAUUAUAUAAAUGAGGCAAAGGAGUAUUUUCAGCUGGACGGACAUGUCACUGAUCACAUUGAAGUCACCCAGGACCACAGUGCUCUUUUUAAGGUUCUUGCCUUUUUUGAGGCGGAUUAUGAGCGGCGCUGUAAGAUGCAUAAGCGCAGGGUUGAUAUGUUAGAGCCUUUAUGCAAAGAGUUAAACCCGCAAUACUAUCUUCUGGUCUGCCGGCAAAUGCAGUUUGAGCUGGCUGACACGUACUACGAGAUGAUGGACUUAAAGGUAGCAAUUGGCAAUAAACUAGAGGAAAUGGACUCGCACACAAUAAAGAAAAUCAAUAGUCUAGCACAGUCUGCCAUCAAGUACUAUAAUAUGUUUUUGGACUCACUAAGAAACCCAGAAAAGAAGUUUCCAGAGAAACUGGAUGAGGACGUUUUGCGCCCUGCUAUGGUGGCGAAGUUUCACAUGGCACGACUUUAUGGGAAACUGAUAACUACUGACACAAAGAAGCAGAUAGAAAAUAUGCAGACUUCACUGAGCUGUUACUCCUUCCUUGUAGAUUAUUGUGAAAAGUAUGAGGAGGCCGUCAAGUUUGUGGAAACAGAGCUAGAACUAAGCAAGGAGAUGGUCGCACUGCUUCCUGCAAGGAUGGAGAGGUUAAGGCUGCAUUUAUCAUCUUUUUCCUGAGAUGAGACAUCAUGUCCUCCAGAAACAGGCAGCCUCUCCAUGUGAGGUCCCUCACAGCUGGUCUGUAGUUGCUUGAAGACCUCAUGGAAGAGGUUGCCUUGGCAAAUGUAUCUUAUAAGUGGGAGAUGAGCAUGGACACUUCCUAUAUGUACAUUGCUGGUUACAAAGUUGCAGAAAAAUGGGUUUGAUGCUGCAGGAGCUGUUUGUAUGGUGUGAACCCCAGAGAGUCUCUCUCUCUCUCCGGUAUGCAAAACCUAUAGGUCAGUAGGUACAACCACACUGCUCAGCUUCUCUCCUCUUUGUGCAACCAUAAACUAUAUUCCAGUACUCUCCUAUAACUAUAUAACCUGUGAUACAAUAUAUGGUGCUCUGUGUUUUCCCGCAAUGUAAUUUAGUAUAAGUCGAGAGACUUCACAUUUUGCUCAAACUGUGUUUAUAUUUUCUCUUGCAGCCAAUUAGAAAACCAUAAAGAAACUUCUAAUGAAAACUUUCUUGGUAUUUAGCUCAUGUGUUGCAAAGCUUUGUUUUUGGUAUCGCUUUAAAUUCUUUGUGUUCUUUUUUUUCUUCUAUGUAUUGUCAUACAUCAUUUACUGUGUCCCUUCACUGUAAUUUAAUGCCCCUUUGAGGACCCGCUUAUGAAAAUACCACAACAUUGAGGUCCAUGUCCCUCAACAACUUGUAUAUAAACUGUCUUGAGCUAAAGGCAAGUUCCUUUACAAUAAGAGUUCUCUAAAGAUCCAUAAAACUGUUUUCUACUUCAGUUAUAUUCAAAUUAUUUAAUCACAUUUGCCUUUAAAAAGUAUCCCUAAUUUUGGGUGCACCCCUCUGGCUUGCCCAAGCUUGGAUCCCAUCUCUCACUGAAUUGUCUAUACCCCCCUCCCCUGAAUUCUGGGUUUCCCUUCGCCUUUGACCUUUACAAUCUUCAAGACCACCUUCAACUAGUGACCAGGAGUAUUUUUGGGGUUCUUGUUCUUUACCAUGAGAACUACUACACCAGAACAUAGUAGAUGCGGUUGAAAGACAGAAAUUAAUUGAUCCUACCUGAUUUACGAUAGAGAAGCUGGAUGUCGUCAUGAUCACUGCUGUAUGGAUCAGUUCUAUAGUGGUAGUCCUCAUCCUGUCUUCAUGAUCACUGGUGUAUGGGACAGUUUAAUAGUGGUAGUCCUCAUCCUAUCUUCAUGAUCACUGGUGUAUGGGACAGUUUAAUAGUGGUAGUCCUCAUCCUAUCUUCAUGAUCACUGGUGUAUGGGACAGUUUAAUAGUGGUAGUCCUCAUCCUAUCUUCAUGAUCACUGGUGUAUGGGUCAGUUCUAUAGUGGUAGUCAUCAUCCUAUCUUCAUGAUCACUGGUGUAUGGGUCAGUUCUAUAGUGGUAGUCAACAACUUUACAAUUUACUUCUGUUACCAAGUGUGCUUCAUUCUCUUGAUAUCCUUUAUUGAAGGAGCAGCAAUGCACUACUGGGAGCUAGCUGAAUACAUCAGUAAACCAAUGACAAGAGGCAUACAUGUGCAGCCUCCAAUCAGCAGCCCCCUCACUAGCCUAAGCGACGAUAUUGGUGCUAUGGCACAGCUUUUACUAUCUCCAGUAUUUUAUGAGUAUCAAUUCCACAUUAACUAUUUGGAUGAUUGCUAAUUUUAUUUGUACAUAUGUGAUAUAGUAAUUAAAGUGUGUUUAUACACAUGUAUGUAUAUGUGUAUGUAUGUGUGUAAAUCUGUGUGUGGCCACCAGGAGGAGGCACUCUAGCCAAAUUCUUAAAUAUCCCUCCCACUUCCUCAUCACCCCAGUCAUUAUUUGCCUUUUGUCACAUUAGGAGGUGGCAGAGAAGUGUCAGAAGAUUCGGAGAGUCCUGAAAAUAGGGUAUCUGCCCUUCAAGAUAGGACUGGAGUUUUAAGUAGUCAUGUCAACCUCUCAGUGAGAGUAUUGAUGAAAGUUAGUGUCUGGAGAUGCAGGGAAAGUUUUUCUGCGAAACCAUCCAGACUACUGCUAACGGCUCCUAAGCAAUCAGUGUUGACGAGUUUCACUGCCUGUUUUCUCUCACUCAAGUCCAUGUCAGGAGCGCUGCUAUAAGACUGUCACACUUGAGAGGCUGUGUUCUGUUCCACCGCAUGGAUCCUGGAGGUAAGAUCGUUUAAAUUUUUGCACAUAAAACGCUAUAACAAGGUCACAGUGUGGCUUCUUUAUACAUUGAUAGGAUCCAGGGUUAAUAUCCUCUGAAGGGGGUUUAUGAACAGUUGAGGUUAAUUAAUCAGUGUAUUAAUUAUUUACAUGCUGCUUUGUGUGAUUUUUUUUUUCCUGGGCUGACUGUGUUUUUCGUUGGAACAAACAGGUUUCACUUUUAAGUUUCACUUUCGUUUUUGAAAGUGUUACAUAGCUCCUAUUACUUGCUGUACCUAAUAACAGGGGAAGUAGUCUUCCACUUCAUGUGACCGGCUGUGGUCUACGUUCAUUUCCUCCAUUCAGGCUAAGACUUGAACCUGAGGAGUGCGUUCCUCUGUUAACUGUCUGGGUCUAGGAGGUGGUGAGUGCCCCAGCCAUUACGAGUAUAAAGGUGCAGUUUUCUAAAAUAAAAAACGUUUUUAUUUUUGUCCUUCUGUGGGUAUAACCUGAGCUAUGGAGGACUCUGACAUGUUAGAAGGUACUACUUCUGUACUAAAUCAUAUCUGUUUAUAUUGUGAAGAGGCCAUGGUUUUCUAGCCCACUUAAUCAUGUUCCACAUGCCUUAACACUGUUAUAAAGUCUAAGAAGGGAGACAAGCCUGCUAAGGCUUAGUCCCUCUGAGCCAUCUACCUCUCAGGACUCGGAGUCCCAUGAGAUUACUACCCUUGCUACAUUAUCCACUCCACAUGCAGUUCCCCGUAUCACAUCUAAUCCUCCAUCCAGAGGGGGCCUUCUUCCUGCGGACUUUGCCACGCAGUUACAAAUGGCGGUGUCUGCGGCCCUCAGUGCAUCACCUUGCUCUAAUAAUCGCAAGAGAAAGGUUAAAAACAUAGCUCUCCUAACCAGGAGUCAUCUAAAUAUCGGGUUUAGCUAUUAUUAUGUCCCAGUUAUCCGAUGAUGAGUAGCUGUAGCUUCAGAGGGUGAACUUUCUGGCCUAACGUCUAAGCCUCCUGCUGCUGAGGAACCGUCCUUUAGAUUAAAAAUUGAACACUUGCGUUUUUUUUAUUAAAGGAGGUUUUGUUUACAUUAGAGGUUCCAGAGGCCGCACUACCUGAAGAACCUAUGGUACCUAAUUUAGACAGAGUUUACAAAGACAGGAAAGUUCCUUUUGACUUUUCCUAUGCCGGUUAAGAUGCCGAACAUUAUUAAGAACAAAUGGGAAAGAAUUGGUUCUUCCUUUCCCCCCUUGUCUACUUUUAAAAAAGUUUGUCCCGGUACCGGACUCUCAACUGGAUUUGUGGGGCUCUAUUCCUAAGGUGGUUGGUGCUAUCUCUACUCUUGUUAAACUUACUACUAUACCUCUUGAAGAUACUACUUUGUUCAGAGAGCCGAUGGAUAAGAAAAUGGAAACCUUUCUGAGAAAGAUGUUUCAACAUAGGGGAUUUUUGUUUCAACCGGCGGCUGCAGUUGCUGGAGCGGCUACCUACUGGUGCGACUCUUUGUCAGAACUGAUUGCGGUGGAGUCUCCCCUCGAGGAUAUUAAAGACGGAAUUAAAGCUCUGAGAAUUGCUAAUUCUUUUAUCUGUGAUGCAAAUUAAUCACCAAAAUGCAAAGGCCUCUGGCUUUGCGGUUCUAGCCUGCCGGUUGAAACUCUAGUUGAAGUCUUGGUCUGCGGAUAUGACUUCUAAGUCUAGACUCCUUUCUCUUCCCUUCAAGGAAAAGAUGAUUCCAUUAUUUCUAUGGUUACCGGAGGCAAGGGUGCCUUCCUACCGCAAGAUAAGAAGUACAAGUCUAAGGGACGACAAUCUUCUAAUUUUCGUUCUGACAAAUCCCAACGACGACAAUCUUCUUCCUCCAAGCCCGAGCAACCCAAGAGUACUUGGAAGCCAGCUCAAUGCUGGAAUAAAUCCAAGCAGAAUUAGAAGCCCGUCGAAAACAAAUCGGCAUGAAGGGGCUACCUCUGAUCCGGGAUCGAAUCGUGUAGGGGGUAGACUGUUUCUUUUCUUUAUUGUAAAUGGCAAGAGUUCAUGAGCUAGUGACGUAUGGGAUAUACAUUCCUACCAGGAGGGGGCAAAGUUUCCCAAACCUCAAAAUGCCUAUAAACACACCUCCCACCACACUCAUACCUUAGUUUUAUAAACUUUGCCUCCUAUGGAGGUGGUGAAGUAAGUUGUGCUUGAUUUCUUCUGUGAUAGGUGCUUCUAAGCAUUCUGAAGCCCAAUUCAUCUCGGAGUACAGUGUUUGUCAGAGGGAUGUGAAGGGAGUAUUGCCUAUUGAUUUUAUGGUUUCACCAAUAGGAAAUCUAUUCAAAGACUUUCUGUAAUUGGUCACAGGGAUGUUGGUUUGGCUGUCUGCUUUAUGUGGAUGGGUGUCUUCUGUUAAGUAUGUAUCAUUUUUUUUAAGACACUCUGCUAUGUUUGGCGCUUUAUAUUAUAUUGUAAAGUUUGAAAUAUAUGUGUUUGCUUAUAUUUGCCAUGGGUCAGGUUUAUGUAUGUUUCCCUUCUUUGCAGACUAUUAGUUUCAGUAUGGAAUUUAUGUUGGGAAUAUUAUUUUAAUUUUUUCUUACCUGGGGUUCCAGUUCUUUCAAUUUGACUUUGUUUUUCAAAAAAUUUUGCGGGCAAAUUAGGCUCGCCAGGACGCAAAAUGCCGUUUUUUUUAUGGCGUCAUUUUUGGUGCAAAGUUGUCUAUAGUGACGCAAAUCUCGCCAUUUCCUGCGUCUUUUUGUUAAAGGACUACUUUCUGUUAUAAUUUUUAAGCUAAACAACUAACAUAUAAAAGUUAAUAAACAUUAAUUAAAACCUACUGACCUAUAUUUUCUCCAAAACAAAGUUUCAUAACGUUCUAAAAGUUAUAUCUUCUCCGAUGAUGUCACGUUAUCCUGCCCACUAUUUUCAGCACUGAGUGUUCAAAAUACUUAAACCAAUAACUUUGUGUUUAAAGCGUCCAUUUUGAAACCUAGGUAUUGUAAACGGAUUGGUACAGAGCAAAGGAUACCCACGGAGUGGGUUUGGAAAACAAUUAAAUUUGCAGACAAGAUUUCUGAUAUACGGUAGAGAUAUGUUAAUUAAAUGCUAUUGAUAAAAAGUGUAUUUGGGGUAGUUAGUUAGUAACAGGCAUAGAAAAUAUUUACUUAGUGGCCCUUUAAAGUUGGUUAUUUUGGCGCAAAACCGCGCUUGUUAUGACGCGAGUUGCGUCAUUUCCUGGUGUUAGCUUUGGCGGCAAAACAUUUUUUCACUUCCUUUUGCGUCAUAUUUGGCGCAAUUUUUUUUAUAUAUUACCCCUCUUCCUUUAAUGCUUCUGGUUCUCUUCAUAUUUUUAAGAGCUAUGAUGCUUAUGUUUUUGCAUCUUACUUUAGCAUAAGCAUUUUUUCCCAUUCCUGAAAUUGCUAUAUGAGGAAAUUGGAUAUUUUGUUUAAAUGUUUUUUUCUUUUUACAUUUUGCAAGAGGUCUGUCUGAUCCUGCCUCUGAUGUUGCUGUAGAAACCAUGCUGCCUGAACACAGUUUUACCAAAGCUAAGUGUGUCUGUUGUAAAUUAACUGAUGUUUUCUUCAGCUCAAUUAUGUGGCAUCUGUAAUGAUAAGCUUUUGCAUGCUGGUAAUGUUUCUAUUAGUACAAAUACAUUGUCUGUUGUUCCUUCAACGUCUAAUGUACCUGAUAUUCCUGCAGAUGUAAAGAAUUAUAUUGCUGCAGCUAUAGAAAAGGCUAUGUUUGCUAUUCCGCUUUAAAAUAAACGUAAAAUGUCUUUUAAAACUUCUCAUAAUUCUGAUGAAAUUUGUAUUGACUGACAGCAUACUGAAAUAUCCUCUGCUGAUGAGGAUCUCUCUGGUUCAGAGGAUCCUGAAUCACACUCUGAUAUUGACAAAUCUUCCUAUCUGUUUAAGAUUGAUUAUAUUCGUUCUUUGUUGAAGGAAGUUUUGGUUACUUUGGGUAUUGAAGAGUCUAGUCCUCUUGAUAACAAAGCCAGUAAAUGUUUACAUUCUGUUUUUAAACCUCCUAAGGUUGCUCCUGAGGUUUUUCCUAUUACUAAGGAAUGGUCUAAGCCUGGUUCUACUUUUAAUCCUUCUAGGUUUAAGAAGUCGUAUCCUUUACCUGUGGCUAAUUUAGAGUGUUGGGGGAAAAAGUCCCUAAAGUUGAUGGGGCUUUUUCCACUCUUGCCAAAUGUACUACCGUCCCUAUGGAAGAUGAUAGUUCUUUUAAGGAUCCUCUAGAUAGGAAGAUUGAAUCUUAUCUCAGAAAAGCUUUAUUUACAUUCUGGUUAAAAAUCAUUUUGUAAGAGUCCCAACUUUCAAAAAUGGUGACUAUAAGGACUAUUCUGUCUUUUGUUCAGCAAGGUCAUUUCAUGUCCACAAUAGACUUACAGGAUGCUUAUCUUCAUAUUCCAAUUCAUCCAGACUACUAUCGGUUUCUGAGGUUCUCUUCUCUAGACAAGCAUUACCAGUUUGUCGCUUUUCGAUUUGGCCUAGCAACCGCUCCAAGAAUCUUUUUAAAGGUUCUUGAUGCCCUUCUAUCUGUAAUCAGAGAGCAGGGUAUUGCGGUAUUUCCUUAUUUGAAAGAUAUCUUGGUACUAGCUCAGUCUUUUCAUUUAGCAGAAUCUCACAUGAAACAACUAAUGUGGUUUCUUCAAAGGCAUGGUUGAAAGAUAAACUUACAAAAGAGUUUCUUGAUUCCUCAAACAAGGGUCACCUUUUUAGGUUUCCAGAUAGAUUGUGUCCAUGACUCUGUCUUUAACAGACAAGAGGCGAAUGAAAUUGGUUUUAGCUUGUCUAAACCUCCAGCUCAAUUGUUCCCUUCAGUGGCUAUGUGCAUGGAUGUUUUAAACUGAAAGGAGUAGCGGAGCACCGGUAAAAGUUAAAGCAAAAGUUUUUAUUGUUCCAAAAAAUGGUAUUAAAGUAAAACAAAGCAAAAGUAAAACAGAGGUGUUAUUGUCCUGAUAGGAGUCCGCUCAUAUAGCUGACAUGUUUUGACGUAUCACCGUUAUCAAAGCUGCUGGUUUGCGUGGGUAACCCCGCCUUUUAAAAGUGAAUAGAUGACUCCUAUAGGGCAAUAAUUAAAACAUUUGCAUAUUAACUGUUGCCUGUCUCACAGAUAAUAGUUAUACCAAACCGUGUGCCUGUACUACCAGUGUGUAACUAUGCUGUGUAUUUAAAUCCAGUGCAUUUUUGGACUGAAUCCUAUUCGUACUAUCUGAAUAAAUUAAUAAAUAAAUGAAUAAAUGUGUAGUUGGACCACUUAUUUAUAUUCCCAUAUUAGCAGAGCAGAGUUAACCUAUUUUCCCCCUAUUUGUGGGUACACUCAUUUGAGGGGUGUUCCAAAUGAUGCAGUAUAAUAGUUUAGAUGCCACUAAGCUAUCCUUUACAUUGUGUAUAUAUGUUUUAUACCCACACAUAGUAAAAUAAAACCAUGACUUGGUUAGUUCCAUAGCGAAGUGCUUUCAUAGGGUCCCAAUCACACAAUAUAUUGUUUUAAAAUAUAUAUAUAUAUAUAUAUUAUACUAUAAAGCUUGUAUGGGCUAUGUAUGUUAUGCAACGCUCUCUGUGUAUCUGUGCCAUACGAGCUCAAAGUGUAAGCUUGAAUUAGGUUAAGAUGUACCCUAUUUCACUACAAUGGUCUUGAUGCAUAAAUCCCUGUCUUAUGGGAAAACAUAAUAUAUGUCUCCAGUGGAGUGAUAAUCUCUGGUUCUUGACUUAACCCCUAUUAGUAGGGUUAUGCAAAUGCCUGUGUUACUAGACAUAUUGGACAGUAAUAGUGAAUUGUGGUACGAGAGAACUAUUACCAAAGUUACCUAAUUAGUUUAAGCAAUAGGGAAAUUUCUUACAUAUCUUAAAUGUGGUCUUCCGAGUGUGUAGAUUGUCCAUCUUAAAUUAUGUGUAGUACUCCAUUGAUCUCGGGUAGGAAACCACUUUUAUACUGUGCAAUAAAAAACUAUUAUGUUAUUAUUCCCAAUAAUUAAUAAGAUCAUAGGAUGAGUUUAGGCCUGAUGGGUGUCUGGUUUUCAAAGUGAAAAUCCAUAAAUCUCCUCGUUUUGCUAACAACUUGUCUCUAUUGCCCCCUCUAGGAGAUCUUAGAACUUUUUUUAUGCAUGUCCAACGGAAUGUAUUCAAAUUGUUUUCAUGUUUGGUUACAAAGUGCUGUACCAAAGGGGUACCUACAUUUCCAGCCCUAAUGCUCAAGAGAUGUUCCCUGACACUUGACCUAACCUCACGUGUAAUGAGGCCCACAUACUGUAUGCUGCAGUCAAUGCAAGUAAGUAGUUCUUCCCUAGGACCGGACUGAGCGCAGGAGAGGGGAUAAGUGAGGGAACUUAUUAUCCCAAUCAGUAUAGAGACAGGCUAUUUGGGGCAUUUUGUACUAUGCUGACAAUUAGCAGUGGUGCAAUUUUUUUACUCAUACAGAUCUUUACUUGCAGAAGGGAGAUUACAUAUCACUUGCAUGGAAGUUUUAGGUCUUAUGACACAAUCCCCUUUGCUCGUUUUCAUAUGAGACCUCUGCAGCUUUGCAUGCUGAAUCAAUAGUGCAGGGAUUAUACUCGGAUAUGACAACUGAUAUACUUUAAAUCCCAACAUUCAACUGUCUCUGUCUUGGUGGUUGGACCAUCACCGGAUUGUUUGAGGGGCCUCUUUUGUUCGUCCUUCCUGGACUGUGAUCUCAACGGAUGCAAGUCUUACAGGUUGGGGAGCUGUCUGGUGGUCUCUGACAGCACAAGGUGUUAGGAAACCUCAAGAGGCAAAGUUGCCAAUCAAUAUUUUAGAACUCCAUGCUAUCUUGAGAGCUCUUCAGGCUUGGCCUCUAUUAAAGAGAGAACUUUUCAUUCGUUUUCAGACAGACAAUAUCACAACAGUGGCAUAUGUCAAUCAUCAGGGAGGGAUUUGCAGCUCUUUAGCAAUGAAAGAAGUAUCUUGGAUACUUUCUUGGACGGAGUCCAACUCUCUAAUUUCUGCAAUUCAUAUUCCAGGCAUAGACAAUUGGGAAGCAAAUUAUCUCAGUCGUCAGACUUUGCAUCCGGGGGAGUGGUCUCUCCAUCCAGAUGUGUUUCAUCAGAUUGUACAGAUGUGGGGUCUUCCAGAAAUAGAUCUGAUGGCCUCUCGUUUGAACAAGAAACUUCCCAGAUAUCUUUCCAGAUCCAAGGAUCCUCAGGCAGAGAUGGUGGAUGCUUUAGCAGUUCCUUGGUUUUACCAACCUGCUUACAUUUUUCCACCGCUAGUUCUUCUUCCAAGGGUGAUCUCCAAGAUCAUAAUGGAACAAUCUCAUGUGUUUCUGAUAGCACAAGCAUGGCCUCACAGGUUUUGGUAUGCAGAUCUUGUCCAGAUGUCCAGUUGUCAACCUUGGCCACUUCUUUUAAGGCCAGACCUUCUGUCUUAAGGGCUGUUUUUUCCAUCAGAAUCUCAAAUCUCUAAAUUUGUAGGUAUGGAAAUUGAACGCUUAGUUCUUAGUCAUAGAGGUUUCUCUGACUCAGGGAUUGACACUGUUACAGGCUCUUAAGUCUGUUUCUAGGAAGAUUUAUUAUUGGGUUUGGAAAACCUAUAUUUCAUGGUGCUCCUCUCAUAAUUUUUCUUGGCAUUCUUUUAGAAUUCCUCGGAUUUUACAGUUUCUUCAGGAUGGUUUGGAUAAGGGUUUGUCUGCAAAUACUUUGAAGGGACAAAUCUCUGCUCUUUCAGUCUUAUUUCAUAGAAAGAUUGCUAAACUUCCUGAUAUUCACUGUUUUGUUCAGGCUUUGGUUCGUAACAAACCUGUUAUUAAGUCUAUUUCUCCUCCUUGGAGUCUCAAUUUGGUUUUAAGGAUUUUGCAGGCUCCUCCUUUGAGCCUAUGCAUUCUUUGGAUAUUAAACUGCUUUCUUGGAAAGUGUUAUUUCUUUUGGCUAUCUCUUUUGCUAGAAGAGUUUCUGAGUUGUCGGCUCUCUUGUGAGUCUCCUUAUCUAAUUUUCCAUCAAGAUAAAUCUGUUUUACGGACUUUGUUUAAGGUUUUUGCCUAAGGUUGUGAAUUCUAACAACAUUAGUAGGGAAAUUGUUGUUCCUUCCUUGUGUCCUAAUCCUAAGAAUUCUCUUGAGAGAUCUCUACAUUCUUUGGAUGUGGUAAGAGCUUUGAAAUACUAUGUUGAGGCUACUAAGGAUUUCAGAAAGACUUCUAGUCUAUUUGUUAUUUUCUCUGAUUCCAGGAAAGGUCAGAAAGCUUCUGCCAUUUCUUUGGCAUUUUGGUUGAAACUUUUGAUUCACAAGGCUUAUUUGGAAGCGGGACAGUCACCGCCUUAGAGAAUUACAGCUCAUUCUACUAGAUCAGUUGCCACUUCUUGGGCUUUUAAGAAUGGAGCUUCAGUUGAUCAGAUUUGAAAAGCAGCAACUUGUUCUUCUUUGCAUACAUUUACUAAAUUUUACCAUUUUGAUGUCUUUGCUUCUUCAGAAGCAGUCAUUGGUAGAAAAGUUCAUUCAGCGGAAAUAGCUGUUUUUAUUUUAUCCCUCCCUCUCUAGUGACACAGAGGAUUUCCACAUCUUGAGUAUUAUAUCCCAUACGUCACUAGCUCAUGGACUCUUGCCACUUACAUGAAAGAAAACAUAAUUUAUGUAAGACCUUACCUGAUAAAUUAAUUUCUUUUAUAGUGGCAAGAGUCCAUGAGGCCCACCCUAUUUUUGUGGUUAUGAUUUUUUUGUAUAAAAGCACAUUCUUUUUUCCAGUUCCUCUUUUUGUAUGCUUUUUUACUCCCUUUUACACCUCACUACUUGGCUAUACGUUAAACUAAGGUAUGAGUGUUGUGAGAGGUGUAUUUAUAGGCAUUUUGAGGUUUGGGAAACUUUGCCCCCUCCGGGUAGGAAUGCAUAUCCCAUACAUCACUAGCUCAUGGACUCUUGCCACUAUGAAAGAAAUUAAUUUAUCAGGUAAGUUUUUACAUAAAUUAUUAUUUAUUCAGACGCCUUGUUCAAGGACGUACAGGAUCUGUGGGUCCUGGAGGUGGUAUCUCAGAGAUACAAGAUAGGCUUCAAAUCUCAUCCGCCAAAGGGCAGAUUCCGUCUCUCGAAUCGGUCUACCAGACCAGAAAAGAGGGAUGCCUUUCUAGUGUGCGUUUGGGUUCUAUCCUCCUUAGGAGAUGUUGUCCCGGUGCCUAUUGAAGAAAGAGGUUUGGGGUUUUAUUUAAACCUUUUCAUGGUCCCAAAGGAGGAGGGAACUUUCCGCCCAAUUCUGGACCUAAAGUGCUUAAACAAAUUUCUCAGUGUCCCUUCAAGAUGGAGACAAUAAGGUCUAUCCUUCCUUUAAUAAGAGAGGCCAGUUUAUGACCACUAUAGAUCUGAAGGACCUUAAUGUUCCAAUCCACAGUGAACACUUUCAGUUCCUGAGAUUUGCCAUUCCUGGACCAGCACUUCCAGCUCAUUGCCCUUCCGUUGGCCUAGCUACUGCUCUAAGAAUCUUUACGAAGUUUCUGGGGGCUCUUCUAGGUGUUGCCAUUACUCAGGGUAUUGCAGUAGCCCCAUACUUGGACAAUAUUCUGGUGCAAGCACCAUCCUUUCGUCUUGCAGAAGAAUUCUCGGAGUCCCUUCUCAGUCUUCUUCGAUCACAUGGAUGGAAGAUAAACUUGGAAAAGAGUUCUCUUAUCCCAAGUACCAGGGUGGAAUUCCUGGGUACUAUAAUAGAUUCUAUAUCCAUGAGGAUACUUCUAUCAGACCAGAGAUGUUGCAAGCUAACUUCGGUAUGUCUUGCCCUCCGGACCUCUUUGAGUCCCUCUGUGGCUCAAUGUAUGGAGGUGAUUGGUCUCAUGGUGUCCUGCAUGGACAUCAUUCCUUUUGCCAGGUUCCGUCUCAUACCUUUACAACUGUGCAUGCUGAGGCAGUGGAAGGGUAAUCAUUCAGAUCUGUCUCAACAGUUAAGCGCUGUGCAGCACACGGGUGAGUUAAGGGUCGUCAUUGCCUCUCAAGCAGUAGUAACACUAAUACAGAGUUAAGCGCUGUGCAGCACGCGGGUGAGUUAGGGGUCGUCAUUUCCUCUCUCAGGCAGUAGUAACACUAAUACAGAGUUGAGCGCUGUGCAGCAUGUGGGUGAGUUAAGGGUCGUCAUUGCCUCUCAGGCAGUAGUAACACUAAUACAGAGUUAAGCGCUGUGCAGAGUCCUUUCAUUAUGCAGAAUUGAACCUUAUCAGGGAAUGACAUUUUGAGCAGUAACUGUUUGAGGUUAUGUUAAUGACACAGCUGCAGAUCUCACCAGAUCUCUUCUUUCUGCAGCUUCAUUUAUUCUGUUCCAGCCUUAGUGACAAAUAAUGAUCUUCACAUUCUCCUCCCACUCUGGACCUGCACAGGGAAGUUCUGGAGGAUCUGUAAGGUUUUCACAGAUUAUUUACUCACCAAGGAAAGGUCAAAUGGUUAUACAGUCUUGUUUGCUGUUUGUUUUCAUUCUGGUUUGUGUAGGUUUCUAAUUGGCUUCUAUGGAAAGUAUAAAAGAAGGUUUAAUAAUAAUCAGAUGCUAUUUCAUAUGAUUAUCUGUGCAAUGCAUGCAAGUUCAGUACCUGCUCUGUGUAUAUCGCUGUCACAUUCUGUUUUCAUGAACAGGCCAGUAGUGUGUUGUGUACAUUAGUUUAUUGUAAUGAGCUAUUAACCUGUGAGUCAAUAAAAGUGGUAAAACUUC